AUGUCUGUUUUCUGCAUAAGUUGUGGAGGAAAUAGCAAUGAUGAUCAUAAACGAUCGAGGAAAAUUGAGAUGCAGCUCGAAAAAGACAGAAAGCAGAUGAAACGAGAGAUACGGAUUUUACUACUUGGUAGUGGAGAAUCUGGCAAAAGUACAAUGAUCAAGCAAAUGCACAUUAUUCAUGGAUCGGGCGAGUUCACUGCUGAUGAAAUAAGAGCUUAUCGACAGCAAAUAUAUCAAAAUGUCAUAUCAGCCAUUCGUGUACUAUUGGAUGCUAGAAGGAAAUUGAAUAUCCCAUGGGAAAGUGAACACGAUGAACAAAGCAUUCAAAUAAUAAAUAAAUUUACAGCAGCUGACUUACAUCGUGGUCCGGAUUCAACAGUUUUCUCGAAUCUCUCUCCUGUCUUCGCAUCUCUUUGGAAUGAUAAAGCUAUUCGUAAAACUUAUGCUCAAAGGAAUCUUUUUCAACUGAGCGACUCAUGCGCUUACUUCUUUGAACAUAUCAACCGUAUAUCUCAGCCAGAUUUCAACCCAACGAAUAAAGAUAUUCUGUUUUGCCGUAAAGCUACUCGAGGAAUAUCUGAGCAUACAUUUUUCAUUAAUAAUGUUCCAUUCCGCUUUAUUGAUGUUGGAGGUCAAAGAUCUCAGCGUCAAAAAUGGUUCCAAUGUUUUGCUGAUAUAACCAGUAUUCUUUUCCUAGUUGCAUCAAAUGAAUAUGAUCAGGUUGUAAUAGAAGAUAGGAAAACAAACAGAGUUGUUGAAUCCCGAUCAGUUUUUGAGACCAUCGUCAAUAAUAAAGCCUUUUCAAAUGUAUCCAUUAUACUCUUUAUGAACAAAAGUGAUUUACUCAAAGAAAAACAUCAAACCUCCGAUAUUCGCCAAUACUUUUCCGAUUUUCAAGGUGAUCACAUGUCAUUACGUGAUGUUCAAUACUUCCUUGUGGAUAAGUUUGAAAGUUCACGCAAAGAUCGUGCUCGACCCUUCUUUUAUCACUUCACAACAGCCGUUGACACAGAAAACAUUCGACGUGUAUUCAAAGACGUCAGAGAAACAAUUUUAGAGCAAAAUUUGCAAUCAUUAAUGAUGCAUUAG